AUGUUCGAACCGUUGGUGAUAUCAUCAGAUGAUCCCAUUCCAUAUCCAUUGAGUUAUGGGUGUGUGCGUAAAAAUACCAAUCCUGACACUCCAUUACCAGAUUUCAGUAAAGUUGAAGAGUUUGCUAUGGACAUGGAAGCGAUCAUAACUUAUUCUUAUCGGGAGCCUAUCAAAUCAACUGCUCGAGUAAUGAAACGAGGCGAUGUCAUUUCAUACGAAAUCCAAGAAGCUGAUGAUGUUCGUUUCAUUGAAAUGCCACCUCCUUUAGGACGAUUUAAAGUUGAUAGCCGUACCGGUCAAUGUAGCCAUUUAACAUCUGAUUAUUCUUCUGGUGAUACACUAAUCACCCGUUGGCCUUUUUAUCUAACUGUCGACUUCAAUCUAUUGUAUUAUUUGGUAAUGAAGCCACCUCGAAGACAAGCACCAAAAUUCAUUGGUGAUAUACCUUUAGGACCUUUUCGAGUGGAAGAAUACAGAGCAACUAACUUCUUCUCAGAUAGGGUUGACGCCAUUAUUGACUAUUAUUAUGUGCAGAAUAUCAGUGAUUCUGUUCCAAGUAAAGUCAUAUUUACCCCAGAUCGGAGCAACUAUAAUUAUAAAUACGCUGAUCCUCCCACUCAAGUUGAAGUAACCAUAAUUAAUUACGAAAAUAAUAACAUUGAUCAUGAAGAUCGAUUCGAUGUUUCUGGUUGUUACGAAGAACCUGGUAGCUAUACUUGGUUUCAGCUUCUCUUUCCAAUCCCAUGGGACAAUCCAUACGGUGUGGUAACAUUGUUGGCAGCAACAGAAAAAUUCUUGACUUCGUCCAUUCCAAUAACUCGCAUCGGUGAAACUCAUACUCAACGAGUUGAUAGCGUAAUAUAUACUACUGUUAAACUUUAUGAUCGUGUACAUUUCAUUGACACUUAUAGUCGUUUGUAUCAUUUUAAAAUUAUCAAUCCUUCAAAUGUUGUGAAAAGAUCUAAAGUCGAGGACUGUGAACAACUAUGCACUGCGAAUCCCAACUGUAUUGAUUUCAGUUAUUGUGAUGAUUACGAUUGUUCAAUUUUUGUGAAAUCGAGUUUUUCUAGUGAAACAGAAUACAGUGAGAAAUGUAAUUUUUAUUCUAGAUCUUUAACGUUUGAUGUUGAACCGUUGAUUACCAAAAAUUAUUUAUCGACAAUGUCAAGCGUGUUACAACAGAUAAGGGAUAAAGCCUCGAUAAUCGGCUCUGUAGAUUUGUUCAUUGUGAAUGGACCUGAAGAGAUUGGUGAUAUUUCCCAGGAACUAUAUGAAAGUGGUUCACGACCUUUAAGAGCUGAGGAUUUUCCGAUGAUCGAAACUGAUCGAUAUUUCAAUACAGCACAAUUCAAAAUCGAGAAAAGUACUCUUCAAGACUGUUUCAAGGCUUGUUUGAAUGAUGAUGAUUGUAAUACACUUUCAUACUGCGUCAAUCAGAAUAAGGAAUGUAUUCUGAGUCAAGAAACAUCAAGUUCAUUGAAAGACUCACUUAAAGACAAAACAAGUCAUGCAGACGGGUGUAACAUCUAUGAAAAAUCAUUUAUGAAUCUAUUCCAUGAGUAUCCUGGCAAAAGUUUAGUUCUGGAUGCCGUGUCAACCAUAUCUAAUGUACAAAUAGCUGAUUGUGCUAAAACAUGUGCUCAAUCAAAUGCUUUCAAUUGUGAAUCAUUCGAUUAUUGUCAAAAUAAUAAUCAACGAAAUGAAUCUGUUUGUUUCUUACACGUUAAACACAUUGAGAUAGAUAAAGCUCAUGAAAUAAAUGUCACAAACUGGAAGUACGCUGAAGAUGGAUGUUCUCAUUAUUCAAGAAAAUCUGAACUUGAUUAUGAGCAUAAAUUCGGAUUUGCACUGAAACAGGAAAUGAAAGAAUCAAUUGUUGUAACCUUUGACCAUUUAUCGUUAGAACUUUGUGCUUCCAAAUGCAAUACAGAUCCUGACUGUUUUACUCUUGAAUUCUGUGAAACGAUCGACUAUAAUCAAAUUUCCGAUGGAAGUGUUCCAUUGACGAGUUGUUCAUUGACAAACUUGAAGCCAAGUAGUGCUAAUCAACGUGAACUAUUUGAAGAAUCAAAGAGCGACAGCAAAAUUUGCUCAAUUUACAUAAAUCAUAAGAAGAUCACAGGGCAGAGUGAGAAUAAUCCACAUCCAGGAGAACUAUCAUCAUCGAAGAAAUCAAAAAAUUUUAAUUUAGCAAUCGGAUUGGGGACAGUAGUACUCAUUAUGGCUUUUGCUGGUGGACUCAUUGGAUUUACAUUUGCUGCUAGAAAAGGAAUUAUUUCGUAGCUAACUAACUGCAAGCUAUGAAAAAUAAUGCAAGCCAUAAGUAGUAGUUGCAAGUCACUUUUUAUUAUAUGAGACGCAGCGAGAGGGAGAAAUGAACAUAACUUAAGCCAUUCAAUAGUUAACACUAAUAAAAUAUAGUAAUAAGUCAACUAGUUUAAUUCUUAAAAAUAAUCUAAAACUACAUAAAUAAAUGCCAGUAAAAGGUAUAAAUGAAAAUGAAAACGUAUGUUUACGAAAAUAAACACAGAUAAAAAACUUAUGCUUUCCUUGUAACUUCCUCACGAUUUUUUCAUGGUUUGGCCCAAAAUUAUUUUCCUUUUAUUGUAUCUUUAUCGGACUGCCUUCACCAUAUUAAAUAUUUCUUCAUUUAUUAUUUUCUCCUGAGAUUGAAUUCGAUCGAUUUUAUAGCUGCAUCAAUUGCUACAGUCAUGUGAAAGAUUUCAUCACUGUUGCAUGUUGAUGCUGACACCGUUGUUUGCUUCUUAAUGCAAUUUAACUUCAUUGUAAG